AUCCCGGUUCGUUACGUCACUUGAAGCGCCCAGGCUCGCAGAGCUACUGGUAGAGCUGGCAAAGAGAGGAAGAAAACGACAGAAGUACUAUAAAAGAGGGUUUUCCCCGCGGAUAACGGCUCUCAAAGUCAUAACGGUCCGUCCACAACAAUAAAUACAGCCGCAAAGACCUCACUAAACCGGACUAACCUCUUGUGCAAGAAGGAGUAUAACAUGACCAGGUUAAACGGAUAAUACUUGCCGCUCCUUCGUACCCAACCCAGUCUCCAUGUUGUCAAAACGAAAUGCUUUUUUCGUCUAUGCAGUUAACAUAAACAAAGUAAGGAGCACCUUUCAAUAGAUCAACUUGUACAUCUAUAGCACCCCCUUUUAUUUCACGGCUGUUCUUCCCUAACCAAAAGCGCCAUGUACGGUAGCGCCCGUUCUGUGGGCAAAGUGGAGGGAAACCACAGCGGCGGGAGCAAUCAGAGUCCCGGCCGCUCGCCUCGUCUCCCACGCUCACCGCGUUUGGCCCACCGUCGGACCAACAGCACAGGAGGCAGCGGGGCAGGAGCGGGUCCGGGGGGUAAAACCCUCUCCAUGGAGAACAUUCAGUCUCUCAAUGCUGCGUAUGCCACAUCUGGCCCCUUGUAUCUGAGCGACAACGAGGUGGUGGUGUCCGGCCCGGAUUUGCCGAAGAGUACAAUGACGCUGGGCCGCUCGAGUGGACGGGUACCUUAUGGCGUCCGCACGACUGUAAUGGGAAGCAGCCCGAACAUCUCCACCGGGGGCCCGGGCUCCGUGCCUACUGACGCCAUCGCCUUUGGAGACCAUCACAUGCCUUCCACCGUGCCUCAUUCGCUGCGGCAGGCGCGGGACAACACCAUCAUGGAUCUGCAGGCCCAGCUCAAGGAGGUGCUUCGGGAGAACGAUCUUCUAAGGAAAGAGGUGGACGUGAAGGAGAGCAAGCUCAGCUCCUCCAUGAACUCCAUUAAGACCUUCUGGAGCCCGGAGCUGAAGAAGGAGCGAGUGCUUCGUAAGGACGAGGUGUCGAAGAUCACCGUGUGGAAGGAGCAGUAUAGUGUCGUGCAGGAUGAGAACCAGCAUCUCCAGAUGACCAUCCAGGCCCUGCAGGACGAGCUCCGUAUCCAGCGAGAUCUGAACCAGCUGUUCCAGCAGGACUCCAGCAUUCGCCCCGGCGAGCCUGUUGGAGCCGAGCUGACCGAGGAGAACUUCCAGCGGCUGCACGCCGAACACGAGCGGCAGGCCAAGGAGCUCUUCCUCCUGAGGAAGACUCUGGAGGAGAUGGAGCUGCGCAUCGACACGCAGAAGCAGACGCUCAGCGCCCGAGACGAGUCCAUCAAGAAGCUGCUGGAGAUGCUGCAGAGCAAGGGGCUGUCGGCCAAGGCCAGCGAGGAAGACCACGAGCGCACCCGCAGGCUGGCAGACGCCGAGAUGCACAUCCACCAUCUGGAGAGCCUGCUGGAACAGAGGGAGAAGGAAGUUGUUUUGCUCAGGGAGGAUCUCCACAGACGAUACGAGAGCGCACCGGACUCUGCCAAAACCAAGGCACUGCAGACGGUCAUCGAGAUGAAGGACUCGAAGAUAAGCUCUCUGGAGCGCAGCCUGAGAGACCUGGAGGACGAAAUACAGAUGCUGAAGUCAAACGGUGCUCUCAGUACUGAGGAGAGGGAGGAGGAGAUGAAACAGAUGGAGGUCUAUCGCAGUCACUCCAAGUUCAUGAAGAAUAAGGUAGAGCAACUGAAGGAGGAACUGGCGCAGGGCGAGGAGCUGAAAAAGCAUGCGGCCGAGCUGCAACAGGAGGUCUUUGCCAUUGACCAGGUCAAGCAGGAUCUGUCCAGGAAGGAAACUGAGCUCUUGGGUCUACAGACAAAACUGGAGACGCUCAACAAUCAGUUUUCUGACAGCAAACAGCACAUCGAUGUUCUCAAAGAGUCUCUUACUGCCAAAGAACAGCGGGCCGCCAUCCUGCAGACUGAGGUCGAUGCACUGCGAUUACGCCUAGAAGAGAAGGACGCCAUGCUUAACAAAAAGAGCAAACAGAUACAAGAAAUGUCAGAGGAGAAGGGCACGCUCGGCGGGGAAAUCCACGACCUCAAAGACAUGCUCGACGUCAAGGAACGCAAGGUCAACGUGUUGCAGAAAAAGAUUGAAAACCUGCAGGAACAGCUGAAGGAUAAAGAGAAGCAGAUGAACAGUUUGAAGGAGCGUGUCAAAUCCCUGCAGGCUGACACUUCAAACACUGAUACGGCUCUCACGACGCUGGAGGAGGCCUUGGCUGAGAAGGAGCGUAUCAUCGAGCGGCUGAAGGAGCAGAGGGACAGAGAUGAGAGGGAGAAGAGCGAAGAACUCGAUAGCAACAAGAAAGAACUCAAGGAACUUAAGGAGAAGGUCAGCUUACUGCAGGGAGACCUGUCCGAUCGAGAGGCCUCUCUGUUGGACCUGAAGGAGCACGCCUCGUCCCUGGCGUCCUCUGGACUGAAGAAGGACUCCAAGCUGAAGAGUCUCGAAAUCGCUCUCGAGCAGAAGAGGGAGGAAUGCACCAAAUUCGAGAGUCAACUUAAAAAGCUUUCUGAGCUCAUGUCAGGCCAUCCCUCCAAUCUUGCGCAGUCAGCCGCAGUGGAGGCCCAGGCGAAUGCUGGACUGUUGGAUCGCAUUGCCACACUCGAGCAGGAGGUGGCGCGCUACAAGGAGGAUGCUGGGAAAGCACAGGCCGAGGUGGACCGACUGCUGGAGAUCCUCCGAGAGAUGGAGAAUGAGAAGAACGACAAGGAUCGCAAGAUCAAUGAGCUGGAGAGUCUGGCUUCAAGGCACAUGAAAGACCAAACAAAGAAAGUGUCCAACCUGAAGCACAAGGAGCAGGUGGAGAAGAGCAAGAACGCCCAGCUCAUGGAAGAGGCCCGAAAGAGAGAGGACAACAUCACCGAGAGUUCUCAACAGGUCAAGGAUUCUCUUCAGCAGAAAGACGAGCGCAUCGAGGAGCUGGAGGAGGCGUUACGUGAGAGCGUGCAGAUCACCGCAGAGAGAGAGAUGGUGCUGGCACAAGAGGAGGCUGCCCGCUCACACGCUGAGAAACAGAUGGAGGAGCUGUUGGCAGCCAUGGAAAAGGUGAAGCAGGAGUUGGAGUCCAUGAAGGCCAGGCUGUCGUCCACCCAGCAGUCCCUGGCCGAGAAGGAGGCCCACCUGACCACACUGAGGGCGGAGCGCAGAAAGCACCUGGAGGAGGUGUUGGAAAUGAAGCAGGAGGCGCUGUUGGCAGCCAUCAGUGAGAAGGACGCCAACAUUGCUCUUCUAGAGCUCUCCGCAUCGAAGAAGAAGAAGACUCAAGAUGAGGUGGCUCUGCUGAAGAGGGAGAAGGACAGAUUGGUCCAGCAGCUCAAACAGCAGACGCAGAACCGAAUGAAGCUGAUGGCUGAUAACUACGAGGAUGACCACCUUAAAGCCUCCAAUCCUGACCAGGCCAAUCACAAACCUUCUCCAGAUCAGAUUAUCCCCCCGCUCAUAGACCUCAAUCACAACCGCAGUAAACUGAAACUGUACAUCGGCCACCUCACAGCGCUUUGUCACGAGAGAGACCCCCACAUCCUGCAGGACCUGGCCCCGCCCUCUGCAUACCACCACACACAACAGGACACCUGGGAGGAGGAGCUUCAGAAGAUGCGUCCAGAACAGUUGGAGUCUGAGCUGGAGCGGUGCGAGCGAGAGAGCGCAGAACUGCAGGAGUACGCCAACUCCGUCCUGCAGCAGAUUGCCGACCACUGUCCCGACAUCCUGGAACAGGUGGUGAACGCUCUGGAGGAGUCGUGCUGACCGCACCACACCGCCCGCCGCAUCUUCUGACGGUUUCUCAUUUCACAACCCACGGAAGCCAGCACAAAAACACAAACUUUCUCGCCCGCACCCACACGCGCAACUCAAAGAUCAGAAAGACACAUAUACGGGGAAGACUGACGGCUCGUGGAAGUGAAGUGCACGCUCGAAUUGGCCUCGGGGUGUGGGAGGGGCGGGCUUUUGUUUUGCCAUCCCCUAGCGUCCCUUCCUCUCCGCACCUUCAGAAUCCUGUUUACACUUCACUCCAUGGCUUACAUAAACACAAAGCACCCUGGGAAGAAGAAACCUGAAGACGGAGGAGAUCCAAGAGACAAGCUCAGUAUUAUAAGCCAUCUCUGUGUUUUUGCGUCGUUGUGGCCUGUUCUCCGUCCUGCAGGAGGUGGAGUUUUCUCCAUGAGGGCCAGGAACCAGGACCCUUAUCUUGAUGUACGCUGUUGCCACAGCUUUUAAAAGCUACAGAAUUUUGAAACGGUUUUGAAGCAAUUUACAUUUUUUCCUCUCUCUCUCUCUCACUCUCUCUCUCUCUCUCUCUUUUUUGUCUAGAUGUUUUGUUACUGACGUUAAAUUGUGGGUCAUUCGCGCAGGGCAAAUAUCCCGCACUCUCCAACCAUCUGGUUUCACUCAAAGUGCUUGGUUAAUGCUCCGGUUGUGCCAGCAAACAGUCCUCCCGGAGUUAAACAUACUUUUACUAUCGUAGUCAGUAGCGGGUUUAGAUUACUGCAACCCCCAACCAUCUGGGAUUUUACUAUCCGCUUGGUUACUGCCCGAUUUCCUCCCAAGUCUGCUUCAUAAAAGUUAUGAAACGGACAAUGUGGGUAAUGUUAUCCCGUGUGCACCUGUCACCAGCUACAAGUAUUUCGCAGAAACCACAGCCUGGUUUGUGUCUUUUAAAUGUGAGAGGGAGAAAAUGAUUUGCCUUGGAACUUGCCGGUUUAUUGCUGCUAACAUUUGUCUUUGCAUGUGGCAGGUUUGGUUCUGUCUUUUCUUUUUCUGAGGAGGAGAGGCUGGUUCUAAAAAGGGUGUUAUUACCGACCCAGAUGUUGUGCAAAAGUGCCUGAUCAUCAGAGCGCGGCCGCCUCGCAUCAACCGGUCACGUAUCGCUCGUUCUGUGCUCCAAAAACUGAGCUUUGCUUUGCGCUUUCAAAGACUUAGAUAUUUGAUAUAUUGAUUUAGAUAGUCUCUCUCUCUCGUGUUGAGAUCAGAUUGAAGUUUUGUGUGGUUCUGGUCCUAUCAGAGAUCUCGGCAGCUUUGAUCUCCUGCAUCUCUAAUGUACCACCAUGUUCCUCUUUCAUGCUGGCUUCAUAUCAUCAUCCUCAAACGUUCGCACCGUCAGGUGUAUCCUCUUUCACUUUAUGGUUAUAUGGGUCUAUAUCCGCAGGCCUAAGGUGUCAGUUUCUGGACGGCAGCGGGAGCGAUAAGACUCAACCUCGUUCAACUGAUAAACACUGUUGCUUCAUUGCACACGUUGGCUAUUGCUUUAAAGUCAAGAGUCGAGUUUCUCUCCCGCUGCCCCUGAGGAUGACACUGGGCGUAACGUGCCCUCUGAUCCACUCAUCCCUCCCUUGUUCAUGCUCGUGGAGUUUAUGGCUCUGACCUGCUGGGCCGUGUUAGUCAUACUCAUCUUUACAUGAUAAGAGAUGACAAGACAAACGGUUUUAAAAUCGGUGAGAGAUCAAGGCCAAUGCAACCCUCUCUCUCACCACUUCCCAUACCCAGACACACUAGUUACGUCCAAACGUACUAGUUUUUCCCGUUCACGCUAGUUUUGCCCCUUGACAUUAUUUUCAUACACACUAGUGUUGUCCGUACGCACUAGCUGUGCUCAUGCAUGCUAAUUAUCUCCAAACACACUAGAUUUUCAAGUUCACACUAGUUUUGCCAAUUUACAUACACACUAUCUAUACCUACCCAUACACCACUAGUUUUGUCUGUGCACACUAGCUGUGCCCAUGCAUACUAAUUAUGUCCAAACAAACUAAUUUUCCUGUUCACACUAGUUUUGCCCAUUUACCCUUUUUUUUAUACGCACUAACUAUGCCCAUACACACUAGAUGUGCACAUGCGUAAAACACUUACACUACACACUUACACCUUUUACACUAGUUUUGCCCAUGUACAGUACAGUACUUACUUUUAUACACACUAGCUAUGCCCAUGUACACUAGCUGUGCAUAUGCAUACUAAUUAUUUCCAAACACUAGUUUUGCCCAUUCACAAUACUUAAUUUCAUAAACACCAGCAAUGUCCAUACACUCUAGUUUUGUCUAUGUCCAUUCAUACUUAUUUUGUCCAAACACACUAGUUUUCCCCAUUCACGCAAGUUUUGCCCAUGUACACUACUUUCAUACACACUAGCUAUGCACAUACACACUAGCUGUUCUCAUGCAUACGAAUUAUGUCCAAACACACUAGUUUUUCCCAUUUACACUACUUUCAUACACACUAGCUAUGCCCAUGCAUACUAGUUUUGUCUACACGCACUAGCUGUGCACAAGCAUACUAAUUAUGUCCAACACACUAGUUUUGCCUGUUCACAGUAGUUAGCGAAUAGACAGAGUUGUGUCUGUGCACACUAGAUAUGAGGGUGAAGCUGCCUGGUGAUGUUUGGCUAGACAUUUCCUUUACUCAGAUUUUACUGUCCAAAUGGACCGUGAGUCAUUCUCUUAGUCACAGUGUGCGUCUUAGAAGAGUUCCUAAGAAUGGGAGUGUGCCCUACACUUAGUACACAUCUUGACCUUGAAGGUUUACUUUUACCAUCUCUGAAUGUGAAUGAUGCUGUUGGGUGAAUCACGUUGAGGUUGACAUUUUAUUCCAAACUCGGAGAGAAAAUUGACCAGGCAAACAAAGAUAUUCACCCAGAUGUAGAUUUCUGUAUACCGCGCAGUGUGUGGCCACCGCGUUCCCAUGCUUACAUCGCCAAUGCCAGGAAAACGCCCGCUCGCGUGCCAUCAUCACCCUUGGCACUGUAAAUCUUAUCACAGUUAUAUUCACUGCAUCUCCAUAAAGGUUUUAUGGCUUUUUGCUCCUGAUUGCUGCCGAUGGACUUCCUUAUGAGGACAUAAACAUGACGUGCAGCUCUGUUUGCCUCUGGAAACCAAACAGCUGAUUGAUGAUACCCAUCCUGCUUUUCAUCUCUCGCGCCCUCCGUCCGUCCACUAUCUCCUUCACACACAAACACAGUUUUGGCCGUCACCCGUGGGUCUGUGAAAUAUGGGUCUCAGUUAUCUAGGCCGCGGCCGAAUCUCUCAGCUUAGACUAAACACACAGCCAUUGAGCUCGCACACGCGCUCGCUCGCCAUCGCUGACCCUCUCGCGAUUUAUGUUAUUCAGUACGGGAGCCGGGCUUUUAAAGCCCCUCUCCGUGCCUCCGCUCGGCUUAGAGCACUCCAGGGAAUUCGCAAAGAAAACAAAAAGCAGGAACGCUGUGAUAACCAGGAGCAGAUCAGAGAGAGAGAGGCGUUUAUUGUGUGUUAUUGAGCCUCUCUCCGGAGCUCUGGUAUUUCUGUGAUUGCUGGUUAUAGGUUGACUAAAUCACACACGAGUACGGAAAUUCCCUGCAGGCUUCGGAUCGCUGUGGAUGUUUGUAGGGACCCCUGGCGCGAUUCUUCCUCCUGUUUUUGGAGGAAUUUGCUCGAAAGCCAAAUGAGUGUUCACUUUGUGUGAAGCUUGUGUAUAUGAUACAUUGCAAUGGUUUUGUAAAUGAUUCGAAUUAUACGUAUGAGAUAGUCACCCUAUAUAAUCUUAUACAGGCUUCAUAAAAAGUCUUACAAAGAGUGUUGUUUAUAUUUCAUCAUGUGAUAUUUCGUUGCGUACGUUUCACACGAUUCUUUUCCUUAUUUUCCGCAAAGCAGCUCAUGGGAUGUGGUCAAGUGUGAAUGAGACUGAGAUGUUGCCUCACGUACUAGUAUGAACAUUUAUCAUCCUCAUAAAAUUCACCGACGCAUGUCUGCGGAGAGAGAGAGAGAGAGCAGGAGCGGGGCGACCAGGCUGUGCGUUUAUUUUCGCGUUCCUCUGAUGGAUUCGUCGUUCUCGGUCUUGCGUUUUGUUGUCUAGAUUUGAAAUUCAUACUUGUUUCUUUAACCGCAGACAUUUAUCACAGCGUCCACCUAAACACUUCAAGGAAGACAAAAACCAAUUACGUCAUGUUGUCUGUCCCAUAAUUCUUAGCGUUAAUCAGCGGUGCCGCCAUCCCAGUCUCUUGAGUUUUGUCGUAGGAUCGCGCACACGCUCGAGUGUGUAUAUAAGAGACCACAAGUUUUAAAGGGCAACGAUCUUUUUUUACUUGUUACUAAAGACAAAGGUCUUUACACACACGUGUCAGCACUGCAGGACACAUCUACACACAGAAAUCUAGAUGUAUAUAAGUCCAUGGUUGGACCUGAACGUUUUGCACAAGUGUCCGGGAGGGAAACAUCCGUCUGAAUAAAAUGGCCAUCGGAACUAGUUAAGCAUUUGUCUUGAAACUGAAGACAGACAAGACAAAAUAAAUCGCUCUAAGUGUCAAAUCAAAGAAUUGUUAUCAUGUUGUUGAUGUACUGUUGCUAUGUUCUCUGCAUCUUUUUUAUUUUGAUUCCAACUCCUUACAUUUGUUAUUAUCAAUUUCUUUUUUUUAUGGAUUGUUUUUGUUUUGCAGCCUUUGUCUGUGUAGAUGCAGUGUUAAAAGAGUGUUGAUCUGGAGAAACUUCUGUGACUGUGCUUUGGGUCGCCAAGACCUCUAUCUAAGGACUGUGACCCCAACAGCACCCUCUGUGUUAUUUGAGGUUCGAAUCAUCCGCACAUUUUCAGGAGAUAACAUUGGCGUUGCGUCGACCGGAUCGGUCAGAUGAACAGUAUCACUCAACACGAGCCCUCGUUCGUUUUCCUUGGUAAUUUAUCACGCGUUUAAACACACUCACAUUUUUUAUGGCCUCUUAAGUAGAUCCUCUAUUAAAGUGUUUACUUAUUAACUCAUCUCGAUUGUCAUUAUUUACCCAAACAGUCCGUCAACACGUUUGCAUUUUUCAUGCGUUACUUCCCCUCACUUAGUUUGAUGGACUCAGACUGUUUAAAGCAUGAAACCACAUAAAACAUCCGCUGAAGGAUUUGGCAAGUUUAUGUCUGACUUUCCGUUCUCCAUCUGAGAGAAUUCGGUGCCAAACGAAGCUAGUCUGCGCUAGAAAGUGCCACUAAUAAUAACCUGCCUGUCGUUCAUCAGCAACCAAAGCCAGGUCACGAGACCUCAUACUGUUUAUAUCAUGUUUGCUUUAUAUUUAAACCUUUAAACCUUAAUUGACACAAUAAGAGGUCAAACCGAAACCAGGCCUACCAUGCUAGUCUGAAGCCAGAUGGAAGAUCUUGAUCAGGCACCAGAAACGGACGCCUCCGUGAAGUCCAUAACACACUUUAAGUGUCCGAGUUAAAUGGAGCAGCAUUUUUCACAUGGACCUAAUCUUCGUUUGAACUCGGAUGUGUGUGUAUGUUGUAAUGUAGUCAAUUUCCAGACUCUUCCAGUCCAGUUCUGUGUGCCUGUAGUGUAUAUCUGGGUCAGCCUUGACAUGACGAUAAAACGUCUGGCUUGAGUCGCUGUUCAGCAUGGUAUCUUUUUUCUUCUGGAUUUGUUCCUAAGAGAGUGUCAGACCUCAGUAUCACCCCAUCCACAUCUUCGUCUUUUGGCUCCUGCAGCUAUGCCUUCUGUCACAGUCUUUUCUAAAGAUGCUUUUUCUAUACAGUACACAGAAACACUGUCAAGGAGGAUUCUCGCCCUUUCCCCUUUAAUUUAACGAUGAGAAAUAAACGGAAAAAUGUCCGAUUUAACCCAAAGCUGGUCAGUGUUCGUUUCUUAUUUGUAUUUUCACAUUCACAAAAAUAAUGCCUUAUGUUCGUCUGUGUGGAAAUGAUUCAAAGAUUUCUGUAAAAAGAAGGAAAAGAAUGAUUGUAUUCGGCUUUUGACUUUGUAUGUAUAUAAACUUUACGUUAUCAGGCUUGUUA